AUGCUGCCGUGCCUGGUAGUACUCCUGGCGGUGCUGCUCGGCCUGUGCCACGGCUCUGGCGCGCACGGGACAGAACUCCCCAGACCUCCGUCUGUGUGGUUCAAAGCAGAGUUUUUCCACCACAUCCUCCACUGGAUGCCCAUCUCAAAUCAGUCUGAAAGUACCUAUUAUGAAGUGGCACUCCUGAGGUAUGGUGGACAAGAGCCCUGGAAACUCAUCCCCACCUGUAACCAGACCUUGGCACUGUCCUGUGACCUCACCAUGGUGACUCUGGACCUGUACCAUAACAAUGGCUACCGGGUCAAAGUGCGGGCAGUGGACAGCGGCUGGCACUCCAACUGGACCUUCGCCAAUACCCGCUUCACUGUGGAUGAAGUGACUCUGACAGUUGGCAGCGUGAAACUAGAGAUGUACGACGGCACCAUCCUCGGGAUGAUCCAGCCUCCCAGGCCCAAGAUGGCCCCCGCAGGCAACACAUAUGAAAGUAUCUUCAGUCACUUCCGCGAGUAUGAGAUUGCUAUUCGCAAGGUGCCAGGAAACUAUACGUUCACAAAGAAGAAGGUAAAAAAUGAAAACUUCAGCUUCCCAACCUCUGGAGAGGUGGGAAAGUUCUGUGUCAAGGUGAAACCAUCUGUCAGCUCCCGAAUCAACAAGGGUUUAUGGUCUGAAGAGGAGUGCAUCAUCCUCACCAAGCAGUAUUUCACCAUGACCAUCCUCUGCAUCUUCUUCACCUUCAUCCUGCUGCUUUGUGGAGUCCUCGCCUACUGCCUGGCCCUGCAACUGUACGUGCGGCGCCGGAGAAAGCUGCCCACUGUCCUGGUCUUCGAGAAGCCCAGCCCCUUCAUCCUCGUCAGCCAGCUUCCUUGCCCAGAGGCCCAAGACACCAUCCACCCCCUGGAUGAGGAGCCCUUCCUGAAAGUGUCCCCAGAGCUGAGGAACUCGGACCUGCAUGGCAGCACGGACAGUGGCUUUGGCAGUACCAAACCAUCCCUGCAGACUGAAGAGCCCCAGUUCCUCCUCCCUGCCCCCCACCCUCAGGCCGGUGGAACUCUGGGAAGCGGAGAGCACCCGGAGAUGGAGGGCAGCUGUCAUAUUGGCAGCAGCGACAGCACAGACAGUGGGAUUUGCCUGCAGGAGCCCAGCCUGAGCCCUGGCAUGGGGUCUGCCUGGGAGCAGCAGGCCAGGAGUAACAGCACAGGCCAGGAUGACAGUGGCAUUGGCCACUGUCAAAACUCUGAGGGGCAGCCUGGGGACACACUGGGUGGCUCAACCUUAGGCCAUGUCAGUCCCCAAGAGCCCGAGGUGCCUGAGGAAGAAGACUCAGCUGCGGUAGCAUUCCAGGGCUACCUGAAGCAGACCAGAUGCACAGAAGAGAAGACAACCAAGACAGGCUGCCUGGAGGAAGAGUCCCCCUUAACAGAUGGCCUUGGCCCCAAAUUCAGGAUGUGCCUGGAUGCUGAGGCAGGCUGGCCUCCACCAGCCCUGGCUAAGGGCUAUUUGAAACAGGAUCCCCUAAGAAUGACGCUUGCUCCCUCAGGGGCCUCACCUAGACAGUGGAACCAACCAGCCAAGGAUUGGCCACUUCUGGACUUGACCAGCUGUGGUGACCUGGGAGCAUCUGACUGGAGCUUUGCCCAUGAUCUUGCACCUCUGGACUAUGCUGCCACCCCAGGCAGUUUCCUGGGUACCUUCAACUCCGACCUGGUCACCCUGCCACUGAUCUCCAGCCUGCACUCAAAUGAGUGA